CCUCCUCAGCCAGGCGAGGCUACGCGAGGCGGGAGCGAGCCAGGGAAACGGGGCCUCAGAAGCGGCCGUGGCGGCGGGCGAUGGCCGGGGGAGAAGAGGGGCGCCCCAGGCCCCCCGAGGCCUCGCCGCCCCGCGCUCCGCCAGAAACGGCGCUCGGCGAGGCCGAGCGCGAGGCCGGCGGCGGGAGUUCCCGGCGCCUUCCUCCGCCGCGUUUGCCCCGGCUGGGCCUGGCCUUGGCGCUGGUGGCGGCCCUGCUGGCCGCGAAGUACUAUCGGGACUCGGAGGUGGCCCGGCGGCAGGAGACAGCCCUGAAAUCUUUGGGAAACGAAGGUCUUUUCCUGUUUGCAUCCCUGGAUACGAACAAUGACCUGUACAUCAGUCCUGAGGAGUUCAAACCAAUUGCAGAGAAGCUAACUGGCAUUGCUCCAGUAACUGGGAUUGAGGAAGAAGAGAUAUUGGAUCCCAAUGGGGAGACUCUUUCUAUCAUUGCAAAAUUCCAGCCCUUGCUUAUGGACACAAUGACAAAGAGCAAAGACGGUUUCCUUGGAAUUUCUCACAUUGCGCUUUCUGGGCUUCGCAACUGGACGGCUCCGGCUUCCCCUCUGAGCUUGAUGUUUGCCCAGCAAUUCAAGGCCUUCCUUCCACCAAAGAAUAAACUGGAACUUGCUGAUCCUUGGUGGGUGAUUCCCAGUGAGCUGAACAUCUUUACUGGGUACCUUCCCAACAACCGUUUCUACCCUCCGGCCCCCAAGGGGAAAGAGGUCAUCAUCCACAAACUCUUGAGUAUGUUCCACCCCCGGCCGUUUGUGAAAACUCGGUUUGCCCCUCAAGGAGCCGUGGCCUGCAUCCAAGCUGUUGCCGAGUUCUACUAUUCUCUCUUAUUUUCUUCCAGGAUUCAUGCAGAGUUCCAGCUAAAUGAGCCUCCCGAUUUCCCGUUCUGGUUUUCCCCUGCUCAGUUCACAGGCUACGUCGUCCUCUCCAAGGAUUCCUCCCACGUUCGAGAAUUCAAGCUGUUUGUUCCUAACAACAGGUCUCUCAAUGUAGACAUGGAGUGGCUCUAUGGUGCCUUGGAGAGCAGCAACAUGGAAGUAGAUAUUGGAUACUUGCCUCAGAUGGAACUGGAGUCGUUGGGGCCCUCGGUCCCUUCCGUGAUUCACGACGAAAACGGAAACGUGAUUGACAGCAGAGACUCAGAAGGAGAACCAAUUCAGUUCAUAUUUGAAGAGAUCACCUGGCAGCGAGAAAUAAGCUGGGAAGAGGCUGCCGGCAAACUGGAAGUUGCCAUGUAUCCAUUUAAGAAAGUUUCCUACCUUCCCUUUACUGAAGCUUUUGAGAGAGCAAAAUCUGAGAGUAAACUGGUGCACUCCAUACUGUUGUGGGGAGCACUGGAUGAUCAGUCAUGCUGAGGUUCAGGGCGAACUCUCCGGGAAACAGUCCUGGAAAGUUCGCCCAUCCUCGCCUUCCUGAAUGAGAGUUUCAUCAGCACCUGGUCUCUGGUCAAGGAGCUGGAGGAAUUACAGGCUAAGAGAGAGAACGAGGUCAACAGCAAACUCGCAGACCUGCACCUCGAAAAGUAUAACUUCCCCGUGGAGAUAAUGAUCUGUCUGCCCAAUGGCACUGUGGUCCACCACAUCAAUGCCAACUACUUCCUGGAUAUUACUUCUAUGAAGCCCGAAGAAGCUGAGAGCAGCAUCUUUAGUUUCUCUGCCAGUUUUGAAGAUCCCUCAACAGCAACUUACCUCCAGUUCCUGAAAGAAGGACUUCAGAGAGCAAAGCCGUUCUUGCAGGCCUAAGCAGAGAAGCAACCCAAUGCCCUCCUAUUGAUCACCAAAGACACAGGAGUUCUUGUUUCUGGCACGCCUUGAGCUCAUGCAGUACUGAAUAGUAAAGUGCUGUCCUUGAAUGGAAGAUCUCCAGUCAAGUAAGCGCCCCUCAAAAAUAUGCUGCUGCUACACCUGCAAUUACAUGAAUCAUUUUCAGGACCAUUUUGAAAGGAUUAAUAAAGUCUUAUUAUUAUUCUAGUUGUUGGAAGCAGAUCGUCCUGCAGCCAACAAUAGAGACUGGGAACAGGGUAGCACAAAAGUCUGAGAUCUGGGCUGUGGUGUGUGAGGUCAGCAGGUUGCGUCUCAUGCAAAGCCUGAAUUCAGUUGGUGCUGUUCCCUUAGUAAAAAGGCUUUGUUGAUUUGUGAAUGGGAUACCAUGUUUUUGCAUUGGCUCUGGCAUCUGAUCCCAUUCAUGGCCCUGAAUUGCUCUUACAUUGCGAAGGCCUCCACAUUUUUGAACUGUUGUGAUGCAAACUUAAGGAGAUUGCAGGUUGCGUCUUCAAGAUCAGCGCCUACAAGGAUGCCACUGAGCAUAGGUAUAGGAGCCUAGGAAGCCGCCUUAUACAGAGUCAGGCCGUUGGUCCAUCCAAUAUUGUCCACUUUGCCUGGCAGCAGCGCUCUGGGAUUUCAGUAAGCGGGGCAUUCGCAACCAUGCCUGGAGAUGCUGGGGAUUGAACCUGGGACCUGCUGUAUGGAAAGCAGUUGCUCCACCGCUGGGCUACGGUUAUUUCCCAAAGCAACACCUAUGUUAUUUGCUACACUCCUGGCUAACAAGGCAAGACCUGUGUGUUUGCUACACUCGCACUGAUGUCUGGAGGGCUGCUCAGGUGGGUGCUAUUUCACAGAGGGGGGAACCUUCAAAACAAAUGUUUUAGCAUGGUUAAACCAGGGCCACAAAAGGCUCUGCAGACCCCUCCGGGGGCCAGAUUUUGUCCUAGGGCUUCCAGCUGCUGAUCCUAUGCAUUUUCAUCAUUGUGACUUCAAGUCAAGAAAAACCACUUGCUCUUUCCUAAAGCUCAUACAGUCUUAGGGGGCUGCGUUCACAGUAAUCAUGUCACUGUCCAAACCUAAAUCAUGUUUAAGGGUGGUUUUACAUAACUGAUUUUUCCCCCACUGCAGAGUUUGUUCUGAGUCACAAUCACAUGGUUGCCACGCCCAUAAUCCUGGGCCUGCAGAGUGUUCUAAAAUGGGGCUAUUUAUCCCAAGAUUGCUUUUCUUCUUUGCCAUACGAUGCCGUCCAUACAGUAAUGCCACUUUGCACGUACAGGGAGAAGAAUUGGAUCUCAGCAGUUCUUUUCAUUUCAGAGCCAGCCUUUCUGUGCUGCCUGCAACACAUGUGAGUUGCAGCUCCUUCCUACACAGAAGUGGCUUGCCUGGUGGGGUGGAGCCACUGCACUAACUUCUGGUAGGGAGAGGACUCAGCUUCUCUGGAAGAAUAAC